CUGAAGAAGAGGUCCGCUCAGGAUUAUUUUGACCCUCUUGACUUUCCGUCUAUGUUUUGUAAACGCAUACGUGCGAGUGGACAGGUAGAGAACAGCUCCAGGAUAAAAGGCGAAGGAGACGAAGCACAAUGUCGAGUGUGCUGUGUGGUCGUAGCAGAGCGGUCCUAUCUCGUGCUGCCGGCUGUCGAGCUUUGGCUGCUCUCAGGGCUGGAAAAACCAGAACCUUCUCUGCUGCGAGCUCAGAUGAGCCUUACAUCGCGGUAUCACCCACAGACUCAGGCCCAAGGACCGUGUGGCCUGAUGAAAACAUGGGACCAUUUGGACCUCAGGACCAGCGCUUCCAGUUGCCUGGUAACACUGGGUUUGACUGCCACCUGGAAGGAAUAGAGGACCAGAAAAAGGCUCCGGUCCACAAGAUGGUGCCCGACGUCCUGACGGUUCCCAGCAGCACAGAGAGACACCAGUUCAUACUGGCCCAGUUUGUCAAUGAGUUCCAUGGGAACCUGGGGCCUGUAUCCACAAGAGUUAACAAAGCUGAACUGUACUUUAAUCAGACCGAAACAGACUGCUCCAUAAACUCCUGCCCGGAGCUGUUAAGGAAAGAUCUGGAGGACUUGUUCCCUUCAGCCCCCACAGCUUCCAUCACAGUGGUGACGGUCACACAGAGGAGCAGUCGGGCAGAGGAGGAGGCAGCGGAGCAGGAUGGAGACCAGCUGCUAAACAAAUUUGUGAGGGGUGCAAAGGAGAUGUGUUUCGCUCUGUGGACCGCAGGAUACUGGGCAGACUUCAUUGACCCAACAACAGGAGAAGCAUUCUUUGCGUCUCCUUUGAGCCGACCCACGCUGCAAACAGAGAAGGAGGUGAGCCAUCUGGGCUUUCACAUCGAGGCGUCAGGCUCCUGCACGGUCAUUCGCCACAUCCUGAGGGGAACACCUUUAUUCGUGGGGACUGUUUUCACCAACGCACCCGUUCAAAGUGCUGCUAUUGCAAGACUACAAGGACUUUCAGAUGCACUCAGUGAUGAGGAAUAAGAUUUUUUUUUUUUUUAAAUAGAAUCUAAUUCAAACAGAAGGCUUCUAUUUCCGGUUUGAAGAAGCUUCUAACUUUGCCUGCACUAAAGCCGGUUUGUUUGUUUGACUGUAACACAAAGCAUCCGUGCAGAUGUUGCAGGUGUUGCUGAGGAUCAAUCUGAGCCUCUACUGCAGACUCCAGUGCUGUGUCUGACUGACAGGAGGGUUACCCUGCAACUGCAUCCAGGGACACUUUCACUCAGAGAUGCAGUUUCAUAAUGUGGUUAAUCUGUAGAAAAUGUUCAUAUUUUAGAGUUUGAUUUGAGUAUUUAUGAAAUGGGACAGAUGUUCUACAGCUGCUGGUGCUAGCUAACAAGAAAAUCUUCAGGUUCAAACAUCUUAACCUGUUAGCCUGUCGUAUUCUUUUCACACCAACAUGUCCGCUCUUGUUUUUCUCUGAUUUGUUGCACACAGUCGAAAGAAAUGAUCAGAUAUGAUUAUAAACAAUUUCACAAUUUAUUCUUGGAACAACCUCAAAAUGACGUGGUUAAACAAUAACAUGGACACACUGCUUAUUAAAUUAUUUUUAUGUAUUUAAA